CUCGGGAGUCACAGGUGGUGUCAUAUGUGUGCCAAUGGAGCGGCGUUGCGACGGAAAACGCGACUGCGCCGACGGCACGGACGAAGGGAACUGCAUGACGCCAAGCCCGUGCACGGAAGGACAGUUCGCGUGCAAGGACGGUCAAUCGUGCAUUCCUGUGAUCUGGAUGUGUAACGGUGACCGAGACUGUUGGGACGGCUCAGACGAAGAUGUCAACGUCUGCAACGAGCAUACAAGGUGCCCUGAGGACCGGUUCGUGUGUAAUUCGGCGCAAAGAGGUUACAGAUGUCUUCCUGCGGCGUGGCGUUGCAACGGAUACCAUGACUGCAGAGACGAUUCCGACGAGGCCAAUUGCACUUCCAAGAUUUGCAAAGAGAAUGAAUUCGAGUGUGAGGAAAGCGGAGAAUGCAUACCUGCGAGUCAGCGUUGUGACGGUGAAAACAACUGUGAAGACUCCUCGGAUGAGCGCAACUGCACUGCCGAGAAAAUGUGCCCCGAAGGACAGAUUUCUUGCAAAACGAAGAGCCGCUGUAUAAUGGCAAAAUGGCUGUGUGACGGGGACUCCGAUUGCCCUGACGGCUCGGACGAAGUUAACUGCACAUCCAUACGAACGUGUGCCGAAAACCAGUUUGCCUGCAAGGAUAACGCUGACUGCCUACCAGAGAAUUGGAGAUGCGACGGUGACCCUGACUGUUCUGAUGGCUCUGAUGAAGCGAACUGUACAUCCAUACACAUUUGUUCACUCGCAGAAUUUGCGUGCAAAGACAAUGGUGCCUGCAUUUCGGCAAAGUGGCAAUGUGAUGGUGACCCUGACUGUGCGGAUGGCUCGGAUGAAGUAAACUGUACAUUUAGGCACACUUGUUCAGACACAGAAUUUGCCUGCACGAGCAGUGGCCACUGCAUUUCGGAAACCUGGCGAUGUGAUGGUGACCGUGAUUGUUCCGAUGGCUCCGAUGAAGUAAACUGUACAUCUGGUGGCCAUUGCAUUCCAGAGACCUGGCAAUGUGAUGGCGACCCGGACUGUGCGGAUGGCUCCGAUGAAGCAAGCUUUGGCCUGUAA